AUGUAUCCGCUUGACACAAGAGGGCUAUUCACAAAGGACUCUUUCCUGUCAGAGUUGCGAAAGGAACAAGUUCGAAAUGACAAGACGUUGCAAGAGAUCAAUAACCAAGUGACAACACGUGAAAAUUAUGGUUUAUUCGGGGUCUCUUUUUUGACGUAUCUCAUCCAUGAUUUACCACCAAAUGAAAUACUCGUAAAAUUGGCAUGUAUGGUUCAACACAUGGACUAUUUAGCCGACCAUCUUGAAGCCCGGAGGAUGAUUUUUUCAUUUUGUUUAAAGAUAAGAAGCAAUCAGAUGCAUUUAUUUGACGCUCAAAUCAAUCAUUUGGUCUAUACCUUGUUACAAGCAUGUUCGUUCUCAUCAGAGGUAUGGCAGAAAGAACUUGAUGGGUCUUCCAGUGACAAGCUUCUAAGCUAUCCCCAAAAAAUUGUCUUCGAUGAACAUCUAUCAGAUGUUGCCUGUAUAAGAUUUGCACUGUUCAAUGUCUUGUAUGGAACAGACAUGCAACCUCUUCAAUAUAAUCAUGAUGAUACAUUCAAGUUCUCUGAUGCAUGGGUGCAGCUAUUAAAAGAAUCCAAAAGAUCGAAUGCAUUUCUGAUUGAGACGCAAGUGAUUGAAAAUGCAUUAAGAAACCCAGAGAAAAACCUUGCAUGUUAUGCCAUGGACCUAGAUUCGCUUACUCUAUCCCUUUCUUCCGAUGUAUUUGAUACAGUGAUACGAGAAGCUUGUCAGUCCUUAAUCCACACCCACCCCAAAUUCAUUCCUUACAUUACGCGGGCACUGAUCCAUCUUUUACAAGUGGGCAGAUGUAUCAACAGUACAUUAGGAUGUGUCAAGCAGCUUGGUUAG